UACUGACAGCUGAACACUGUAACUUGAGGUAUAUGAGGUGGAAGUGCUGGUUUAUGUGCUUGAAUAAGUUUCUAUAGACCCGAUAUUCUAAACUAACACACUAAUUCCGUUUGUCUUUUACGACGUGCAGUGUGAAGGUUCCUCCAUCAUCCUCAUGUUCUCUGGAUGUAGAACAGUUCUACGUGCUGGAAGAGUGUUUCUGUUGUCCUGCCCAUUGAUCCCCUACAGCCCAGUCCACAUCCAGAGUUCUCAGGCCUUCUCAACCUCAUCUUUCCAUCGAUUCUCCUCUUUGUUCCCCCAUCACACACUUUCCUCUGGACGUCUGUAUCCCUCUCUUCACUCUUCAUCUCCCCUCUCUCCCUCUUCACACCAUUGUCUUCCUCUCUCAUUCACCAGAACCCCUCAUCUCUCUCUACUCACUCAUUCCAUCUCUUCUUCUGUCUGUUCCUCCGGAGUGAUGGAUCUAAAGGAGGUGCUGAAUGUGUUGGAGCAGCUUGCUCCUCUCUCAUUGGCCGAAUCAUGGGAUAACGUCGGCCUAUUGGUGGAGCCCAGCAAACCCCGUCCAAUCAAAACCAUCCUGCUGACCAAUGACCUCACAAUGCCCGUCAUGGACGAGGCGGAGGCCAUGGGGUGCGACCUCAUCAUCUCCUACCACCCGCCACUCUUCCGGCCAAUCAAGCGCUUGGUGCAGAAGGACUGGAAGCAGCGAUUGGCUGUGAGAGCAGUGGAGGGCGGGAUGGGCGUGUACUCACCUCACACCUCAUGGGACAGCGUCAAGGGCGGCGUCAAUGAUUGGCUAGUCGGAGGAAUGGGCAGUGGGAGUGUGUGUGUGCUGAGUCAGGCUCUCUCUAGCGCCCCCCAGAGGCACAAGCUGGAGUUCAGCGUGAGGAACCAGGAGCUGCUCAACACCAUUAUGGCCGGCCUGAAGGAGACGGAGGCAAGCCACCUGCUCCAGCACACCACUGUUAGGUCAGAGCCUGAGGGGUACCAUGUGAGUGUGACCUGUGCUGGCUCAGCACUGACCCCUUGUGUUCAGACGCUGGUAGGACACGCAGCAGUGACCCAGAGCCUGAGCAUCACCCAGCUGCAGCAGACGCCCCUCCUGGGCUGUGGGCAGGGACGGCUGUGCGUCCUGGACGAGCCGGUAACCGUGACGGUGGCGUGUCAGAAGAUGAAAGCUCACUUGGGUCUGUCACACCUGAGGCUCGCACUGGGACACCAGAGAAGCACAGAGUCCUCUGUGAGCACAGUGGCAGUGUGUGCAGGGUCAGGAGCAUCUGUCUUACAGGGAGUUAAAGCAGACCUCUACAUCACAGGUGAGAUGUCCCAUCAUGAGGUCCUGGAUGCUGUGGCCAGUGGAACCAGUGUGAUCCUCAGUGACCAUAGCAACAGCGAGCGUGGCUUCCUGGCAGUGUUCAAAGAGAAACUGACCGUCCGCUUGCCAGAGUCUGUAACCGUGGCGAUCUCCAAGAGUGACAGAGACCCGCUGGAAGUGGUUUGACCAAUCAGAGCUUGACCUGAUAACACCAGAGGGAGGGAAUGGACCUAGUUCAAACAUUUCCACAUCAAAUGUUGAAAUGUUGUCAAAUGAUAUCUACGAAUUCUUCAGGGACAGUGGCUUUCUUUUCCAAAGACAUGACAUGAAGGACUGAAGACUCCGACAUGUUUGCUGUGUGUACCUGUACCUGUAUGCGUGUGUUCUGUGUGUACCUGUAUGUUAUGCAGUAUACUAAUAAACUAGUGGUUGUGA